AAUCGGGCAUCCUCACUCCCAUUGCCUCUCUCUUUUUGAGUCUUCGUCUUCGUUUUUUGAAAAGUCUUUUAUAUUUAGAUCUAUACUAGAGAAUACAGUAAUCCAACAAUGGCGGAGACAGAGACGUUUGCUUUCCAAGCAGAGAUCAACCAGUUGCUGAGCUUGAUCAUCAACACCUUCUACAGCAACAAAGAGAUCUUUCUUCGAGAGCUUAUCAGCAAUGCCUCCGAUGCUCUGGACAAAAUUAGAUUUGAGAGCUUGACAGACAAAAGCAAGCUUGAUGCUCAACCGGAGCUCUUUAUUCACAUUAUUCCUGACAAAACCAACAACACAUUGUCUAUCAUUGACAGUGGGAUUGGUAUGACUAAGGCUGAUUUGGUAAACAAUCUUGGUACCAUCGCAAGGUCUGGAACUAAAGAGUUUAUGGAGGCAUUGGCUGCUGGAGCUGAUGUGAGCAUGAUUGGACAGUUUGGUGUUGGUUUCUACUCAGCAUACUUGGUUGCUGAGAAGGUUAUUGUGACAACCAAGCACAAUGAUGAUGAGCAGUACGUAUGGGAGUCACAGGCUGGUGGGUCAUUCACUGUUACAAGAGAUGCCUCUGGCGAGAAUCUCGGGAGGGGUACAAAGAUUACCCUUUUCCUUAAGGAGGACCAGCUUGAAUACCUUGAGGAGCGCCGUCUCAAGGAUCUGAUCAAGAAGCACUCUGAGUUUAUCAGCUACCCGAUUUCUCUCUGGAUUGAAAAGACUACUGAGAAGGAAAUUUCUGAUGAUGAAGAUGAGGAAGAGAAGAAGGAUGAGGAAGGUAAGGUUGAGGAGGUUGAUGAAGAGAAGGAGAAGGAAGAGAAGAAAAAGAAGAAGAUCAAGGAGGUGUCUCAUGAAUGGUCUUUGGUUAACAAGCAGAAGCCCAUCUGGAUGAGAAAGACUGAAGAGAUCACUAAGGAAGAGUAUGCUGCUUUUUACAAGAGUCUUACUAAUGAUUGGGAGGAACACUUGGCUGUCAAGCACUUCUCAGUUGAGGGCCAACUUGAAUUCAAGGCCAUUCUCUUUGUUCCAAAGAGAGCUCCUUUUGAUCUCUUUGACACAAGGAAGAAGCCCAACAACAUUAAGCUCUAUGUCCGCCGAGUCUUUAUCAUGGAUAAUUGUGAAGAGCUAAUUCCUGAGUAUCUUGGAUUUGUAAAGGGUAUUGUUGAUUCUGAGGAUCUUCCUUUGAACAUUUCAAGAGAGAUGUUGCAGCAGAACAAGAUUCUCAAAGUUAUCCGCAAGAACUUAGUGAAGAAGUGCAUUGAGCUUUUCUUUGAGAUUGCUGAGAACAAGGAAGAUUAUAACAAAUUCUAUGAGUCAUUCUCUAAGAAUCUCAAGUUGGGUAUCCAUGAGGACUCCACUAACAAGACAAAGCUUGCUGAGCUGCUCCGAUACCACUCCACCAAGAGUGGCGAUGAAUUGACGAGUCUCAAGGACUAUGUCACUAGAAUGAAGGAAGGUCAGAGUGAUAUCUAUUACAUUACUGGUGAGAGCAAGAAGGCUGUUGAGAACUCCCCAUUCCUUGAGAAGCUGAAGAAGAAGGGAUAUGAAGUCCUUUUCAUGGUUGAUGCUAUUGAUGAGUAUGCAGUUGGUCAGCUCAAGGAGUUUGAGGGGAAGAAGCUUGUCUCUGCAACCAAGGAGGGUUUGAAAAUUGAUGAGAGUGAAGAUGAAAAGAAAAGGAAGGAAGAACAGAAAGAGAAAUUUGAGGGUCUUUGCAAGGUUAUCAAGGAUGUACUGGGAGACAGGGUAGAGAAGGUUGUAGUUUCAGACCGCGUGGUUGAUUCUCCUUGCUGUUUGGUCACAGGGGAAUAUGGGUGGACUGCUAACAUGGAAAGAAUUAUGAGAGCUCAAGCUUUGAGGGAUAAUAGCAUGGCUGGAUACAUGUCAAGCAAGAAGACAAUGGAGAUCAACCCUGAGAAUCCUAUCAUGGAGGAGUUAAGGAAGAGAGCUGAUGCUGACAAGAACGAUAAGUCAGUGAAGGAUCUUGUCCUGCUGCUAUUUGAGACUGCUCUUCUUACCUCAGGGUUCAGCCUUGAUGAUCCCAACACUUUCGGCAACAGAAUCCAUAGGAUGUUGAAACUUGGACUGAGCAUUGAUGAGGAUGCUGGUGAAGGAGAUGCUGACAUGCCUGCACUUGAGGAUGCUGAUGUUGAUGCUGAAGGAUCCAAGAUGGAGGAAGUUGAUUAAGCAAGUUAUCUGAUAAGAACUUUUUAACAUUAUCUUCGGUGGUUCCUCUUUUAUUUUUUGUUUUUGUUUUUUGUUUUUUUUAACUUUAUUAUUAUAAUAUGUUAUAAUUGCGGUACUGUUUUAGUGGUUGGGUAUUUUGGAUAGUUUUGGUGGAACUGCCUUGGAUGGAAAACAUUAUAGCUCUUUUUUCAUUUAUCUAGUAAGGGUUCAAACGACUUUGAGUUGCUUAGCUGGUGGCUGGUGCAUAAGCCUGCUACUUCAAGGCUGUAACCAAAACUUGUUUAA